GCGGCACCUCGCCGUCAGGUUUUCCUUUUCAAACGCACGUGUGCGAUCUCGGGCUCUCAAGCGACGGGAGCACAGCUUACCAGUCCGAAGGCGCGAGUGACAUCGGGGGGCCGAGGAACGUCCGGGGAGGCCCACAGGUCAAGGAACGAGCCGCACCGACGGCCGCUUAAGCUUCCCACCUUCCCUCUGAAUUCUAGCUUACCUCGCCGACCCGAGAGUUUGCAAUGAGCGCCGCCACCCUGGACCCCUUGGACUCGCUUUCGUGCUACAGAACCUGGUCUCUGGAGCCCGCCAAUUUCUACGACGCCAAGGCGGGUGAAGGCAGCGGCGGCCUGAGUCCUUCCUGCAAGGCGAGCAGCGUGAGUGUCACCCAGGCGAGCGAGGAGUCCGGGGGGAUGUGCUCGGCUCCGAGCAGCGGCAGCCGCGACCUGGCGGAGCUGAGUGCCGCCGCGCCGGCCAUGUACGAGGACGAGAGCGCCAUCGACUUCAGCUCCUACAUUGACUCCAUGGCGGCCGUGCCGAACUUGGAGCUGUGCAACGACGAGCUCUUCGCCGACCUCUUCAACAGCAACCACAAGGGCGGCGAGCGCAGCGGGGGCUACGGGGAUUACCUGCCGCCGCCACAGGCGCCGCCGCCGCCAGCGUCCGGAGGGAGCGCCUUGGCCAGCCUGCUGCACGCCAGCGUCUUUCCCGGCCCGCUCCGGGGCGCCGUCAAGCAAGAGCCAGAGUGGGGCGAGGAGGCAUCGAGCUCGCUGUUGCCCUCCCAGAUUGCUACUUGCGCCCAAACCAUUGUCAACUUGAGCGGGCAGCCCACGCCGCCCACCUCCCCCGAACCUCCGGGCAGCGCCUCGCCGUCCAGCUAUAGCAGCCGCUCUUCAGCUUCGUCGUCGUCGGGGUCCAAGGAGCGGUCGGGCAAAAAGGGCGUGGACAGGUUCAGUCCGGAGUACCGGCAGCGGCGGGAGCGCAACAACAUUGCGGUGCGCAAGAGCCGCGACAAAGCGAAGCGCCGCAACCAAGACAUGCAGCAGAAACUGGUCGAGCUCUCCGCCGAGAACGACAGGCUGCAUAAGAAGAUCGAGCAACUCAGCCGGGACUUAACUAGCCUCCGACACUUCUUCAAGCAGUUGCCCAACGCCUCUUUCCUGCAGCCUUCCUCGGUCACGGACUGCCGGUAACCGGCUGCAGGCAGCGCCGCCACGGCCGCCCAUACGCGAGAGACUUUGAACUUCUUCAUGAAUACCUCAGCGCGAGUCGCACAAACUGCAGCGGGGGCUGCGGGGGAGGGGGAGGGAGGGCCAGACUAGAAGACUCGGGCUGCCCCGGGGACUGUGCCAAAGGUACGCGGAGGGAGGCGCUCUUUGCCUCGCCUCUUCCCUCAAGCAAGAAACCUAGCCUGGAAGGCCGGACUGAACUACGCCGGAAUGGGGGGGUGGGGACAACAACCUGUGUGCGUGCGUGUGUUUUGCCUUUUUUUUUUUUUUGGAAUGGGCUAAGCUUGGGUCUUUUUAACCACAAAACUUGCCAAAGUUUUUUUUUUAAGCGAAAGAGAAGCUAAACGUCUUUCCUCCUAAAUUAUUUUUAUAAUGAUCAUCCUCCCUUUCCCCUUCCCCCUUUGUUGAUGCAGCUAUGGUACUUUGUAAGAAACAAUGAUUUUUCAGACUUUUCAAACACUUUUUAUUAUAAAUAGUAUGAGGAAAAAGUAGACUGAGCAUGCUCAAACUUUUAUAUAAAAUUUUUACAGCAUUUCUAAAAUAAAAAUCCCUUGAAAUGUA